AGAACUAUGGCAGGUCCAAGAUUUCUGAAAAUAUUUCGUUGCAGAUAUUCAUCACAUUUAGUAUCUGACAGACAAUUUUCAGCAUUAAAAACAGUCCAGCGAUGUUUAUCAACAUCUCGGACAUCGUUUGCCGAAUCUGCGGAUUUGACAAAGGAGGCAAUAUUUGGAAAUGACCAUAUUGAAAUGAGGCGCUCUCUGAACAAGAUCAUUGAAAAGGAGAUUAAUCCUUAUGUCGACCAGUGGGAGGAAGAACGAAGUUUCCCAGCACAUGAGGUGUUUAAGAAGUUAGGAGAUGCAGGUUUACUUGGAGUCUGUAAGCCUGUAGAGAAUGGUGGGCUGGGUCUGGAUUACUCUUACAGUGUAGCAGUGGCAGAGGAACUGGGUAACAUCAAAUGUGGAGCUAUCCCCAUGGCAAUAGGUGUGCAAACAGACAUGUCUACACCAGCAUUAGCAAAGUUUGGCAGUGAUGUGGUAAAGAAAGAGUUCCUGGAGCCUUCCAUCAAGGGAGAUUAUGUGGCCUGUCUAGGUGUAAGUGAAGUGGGGUCUGGAUCAGAUGUAGCAAGUAUUGUUACCAAAGCUGAAAAGCGAGGUGGUGACUACAUCAUUAAUGGGGGUAAAAUGUGGACAACUAAUGGGGCCCAGGCUGACUGGAUGUGUCUUUUAGCCAACACAGGUGAAGGGAAACCUCAUCAGAAUAAAUCCCUGCUCUGCAUGCCCAUGAACCUUCCUGGUGUUACAGUAGCAAAGAAAAUAGACAAGUUGGGAAUGUGGUCGUCGGACACUGCUCAGAUCUACCUUGAAAAUGUGCGUAUACCUCAGAGCUACAUCAUCGGAGAGGAAGGAAUGGGAUUCACAUACCAAAUGUUGCAGUUUCAGGAAGAGCGUCUCUGGGCAGUUGCUGCAGCCCUGUUGCCUCUAGAAGAGUGUAUCAAUGCAACCGCAGAGUACUGUAAAGCAAGGAUGGUCUUUGGUCAGCCACUUCUCAACAAUCAGGUCAUUCACUUUAGACUGGCUGAGAUGCAAACUGAAGUUGAAGCAUUGAGGUCAUUGCUUUACAGAGCUACAGGUAUGUACUUGGAGGGGAAUGAUGUCACUAAGCUUGCCUCUAUGUGCAAGUUGAAGGUAGGCAGACUGGCCAGAGAGAUCACAGAUGGCUGUCUCCAAUACUGGGGAGGCAUGGGCUACACCAGUGAUGUCCUCAUAAAUAGAUUCCACAGAGAUUUCAGACUGGUAUCCAUUGGAGGGGGAGCAGAUGAGGUUAUGCUGGGAAUUAUAUGUAAAUACAUGGAUAUAGGACCUACCCUACCAUCCAAGAAGAAAUAAACUAAUUUGACAUAAAGAAACAUAUACAAUACCCAGAUAAUAAUGAGUAGCUUGCUCAAUUUUUUCCAUGUCAUUAAAAGGCUUUUAUAUUGGCAAUUGAUUCAAUAUUCAAGAUUAAAAGUGGAUCUAGUAACGUACAUGUAUCCAGUUUCUGGUUACAGUACACCUAGCAAUCUGAACACUUUUGACUGGAUCCAGUUGCAUUCUGAUUAGACAGGUUUUACUGUAUGCAAGGGUAAUUUGAGCAUUCACUCAACAAAAUGUUGAUUGUGGCCACCAGCUGGACAGUGCACAAGUUGAUUAAAGUAUUAUAAAGCAACAUAUCAAUGCAAUAUUAGCCAGAUAAAUAGGCAAAUUGAUUGAUUUAAUGUUAUAAUCUCAGGUGAUACUAUAUAUUGUACAAUCACAGUACAUUCACAUGUACAAUAAUUUGUCUAAUACUUUUUCAAUUCAUAAU